CAAAAGGCGUUUGUCAUAUGCAGAACACCGGAUCCCACAUUCUUGUCCUGAACCACGAUCAUGAUGACUGCAGGGGCAAGAUGAUGCGAAGACAGCCCACCCUCAUACCCAUGUCGGAGUCCGACGUUCAAGAGGUGCGCGACAUGGUCACGCAGCAGAAGGCGGACGCGGCGGCAAUGGCGAAGUGGGAGCAAGACCAGAAGAAAACGGAGCAACCACCAUCAGUUCCCACCGCAGCAGACAAGCAGAAGGAGCGCGCUAGGCGGCUCGGCUUGUAGGUUUGAAUUACAAGUGCCACUUGCCCAAAUGCCAGCCAUCCUUGACGAUCAUAUUCUACGCCAUAUACGCUGGCGCUAAACGCGAGCAGUGGGCAAUGUCAAUGCAAUAUAUGUUCUAUAUAUAAGGGAGUCAAAGAGUUUCCAGAGGGUCAUCUACGCGUCGAAGUGCGAGCGGAAGCCUACAAUCAAAGACACGCAGCAAUGAGAUCACAGGUCGAACGCAUGACGGUCCAAAGCUAUACCUUCGAGAUCCUGCCGGUCGCAGAGGGUAGCCAGAUCCAGCCGUUGCAUAUGCAAGCAAGCGGUUUUCAAGCUCCCCCAAAGCGCGCCGGACGUUACACCGCGUCCCUCCCCAGAACCAGCGGGGUCGGUGACGCCCUCACUAUCCUGAAGCAAGAGCGCGUCGAGAA